AUGCCUACCCUUGAGUUGAACCUAGUUAUAGAUAAGAUACUUGGGAUGUUGCAAGAGGUGGAAAAUGCUUUGGAAACUGCCAAUUAUGACAAACUUCUUCAGUCUGGAUUCCAGAUAGCAAUUGUUGGCGGACCAAAUGUUGGGAAAUCGAGUCUGCUUAAUACAUGGAGCAAGAGUGAGAGGGCAAUAGUCACAGAUAUUGCUGGUACAACACGUCAUAUAGUAGAAGCCAAUAUUUCUGUUGGUGGUAUUCAUGUUACCCUCCUAGAUACAGCUGGUAUCAGGGGAACUGAUGACAUAGCGGAGAAAAUUGGUGUGGAAAGGUCUGAAGCAGUUGCUACAAGUGCUGAUGUUAUUGUCACGACUAUAAGUGCUACAGAGGGUUGGACUUCGGAGGAUGAAAAACUUCUUGAGAGGUUCAAAGAAAAAAGUUUUACUAGAUCAAUUUGUGUUUUAUUUGGUUUAAUUGUGAGGAAAAAAACCCAAGAAGCUAAAACACGCUUGAUGUUUUCUCUUCAAAUUCAGAAUGAAUCUUCAUCGACUCCAAUAGUUCUUGUGAUCAACAAGAUAGACUGUGCUCCAUCUUCUUCUUGUGAGUGGGCCAAUACCCUUGCCAGUUCUUUCAACAAGCACGUUUUUACUUGUGCCGUGAAUGGUCAAGGAAUUCCAGAUUUAGAGCCUGUUGCAAUUAACACUAGUAACUAA